AUGGCUUCGUCACCGGCAUUAUUUACUGCCUCGCGCAGCCAAACAUUAACCUAUCUCUUGGCGGUGUGCCCCUUCUCCAUCGCCUUCCUAGUUUACAUCAAUUCAUCCAUCUCCUUCGUGGUAACAGAUUUAAUUGGGCUUCAACAUGGAGAGGGAGACGCAGUGGGAACUCUGGGGUUCGCGGAUGAACUCCUUGCCCUGGUUGCCUGCCCACUUUGGGGCGUUCUUUCGGACCGAAUCGGAGUCCGCCAUGUAUGUACUGCAGGCUAUGCUAUUGUAGCACUUGCACUGGUGGUCUUUGUGCAAGCCACGAAUAUCUACCCCCAGCUUCUCUUGGGAAGGUUGCUUUUCAGUGUCGGUGGCUCAGCAGUGUCAACCAUGGUCACUGCAGUUUUGCCGACAGUCACUGGCACGGCCUUUAAUGCCCAGGCAUAUCGCGCAUCUGUGUCUUCAGAGUUGACCAUCACGCCGGAGCGUGCCAGGAAUGGUCAUUCCAUGCACGUUGGUUCCAACGCAUCGCCGUCUGCGCGACUCUCCGGGUUUGUUGGCAUGUGCGCUGGCUGUGGUGCGCUCCUGGCACUGGUUGUUUUCCUGCCGCUUGCAGCCCGAUUUGAGAAGAUGGGACUGUCGCCAUCACAGGCGAUCCAGCGCAGCUAUUAUCUGGUUGCUGCAGUGUCACUUGUUAUCAGCUUUGUAUGCUUCAUUGGUCUUCGUGAUCUUCCCGGAGAAAAGGGCAAAUGUUGGAGUGUACUGUGGAAACAGUGUGAUGAAGACGAUGAAGAUGACGACGAUCUAUCCAUCCAUGGCCCAAGAUUGCCAUACUGGAAGCAGUUGUCAACUGCCCUUACCUUGGGAUUCCGAAACCGUAGCAUUGGACUGGGCUACGUCGGAGGCUUCGUGGCCCGAGCCUCUUCUGUGGGAAUCUCAUUGUUCAUUCCCCUCGCGGUCAAUCACUACUAUCGGACAUCGGGCCUCUGCCACGAGGAACGUGAACCGGUUCCUGGGUCGGGAUUAGGGGAGAUUAAGAAAGCAUGCCCGCGCGCAUACAUUGUCGCAUCCAUACUGACCGGGGUGUCCCAAUUGGUGGCAUUGAUUGCGGCUCCAGCCUUUGGGUACCUGACAGACAAAUCACGACGAUAUAAUUUCCCACUUCUUUUCGCAGCAUUGGUGGGAAUCAUCGGCUAUGUUAUCUUCGCUAUGCUCCCAAACCCUUUAUUCGAAAGACCUGACGGCAAUCCGGGGGUGUUUGUUGUGAUGGCUCUACUUGGAAUCAGCCAGAUCGGGGCAAUCGUCUGCAGCUUGGCGGUACUGAGCAACGGCAUCCUGCGGGUCAGUAUUGACAAUGAAACACUAAGAAAAUUAUAUGAGGAGCGACUUGGUUGUGGGGACGAGAAUGACGCAGAGCCUGACGAGGCCCAAUCUCUUCUUGCCGGGUCUGUCAACCGGCGAUUGGAGCAUCUGUCCCACCUUAAGGGCUCCAUCGCAGGCGUCUAUUCACUAUAUGGUGGGGCAGGUAUCCUGCUUUUGACUAAAGUGGGUGGACUGCUUUUUGACAUCCUAUCAUCGGGCACACCAUUUUAUAUCAUGGCGGGUUUUAACGGCGUGCUGCUUGUCAUAGGGAUCGUGUGUGGGGGCCUCAACCACUUCGGAUCCUCGGGAAGGACUCGGUGA